UUUCUAUAUUCCAUUUCAAGAAACGAUAGCCCCCUAUAAGAAAAUGCCCAUUCAACGAUCCUAAAGUCACUUUCUCUCUACUUUUGAUCUCUCCCUCUGUUUCACUGUGUGGAAAGAAAAUGUUAGCGAUAUUCGACAAGAACGUGGCGAAAGCCCCCGAGGCUCUAAAGAGUCAGGAAGGUGGAUCUGUUUGUGCUCUUAAAGAUGGCUUCUUACCAAACCACUUCGCUUCCAUCCACCCUGGUGCCGUCACCACCAAUCUCGGAUCUUCUGGUCUCAUCGCUUGCACUCUCGACAAGCAGAACCCUCUUCUUCCCAGAUUGUUUGCUGUGAAUGAUGAUAUGUUCUGCAUCUUCCAAGGACAUAUAGAGAACAUUCCGUUCCUUAAACAGCAAUAUGGACUGACAAAAACAGCAACCGAGGUCACCGUUGUGAUCGAAGCCUACAGAGCCCUCAGAGACCGUGGUCCAUACCCUGCCGACCAAGUUGUUAGAGACUUUCAAGGGAGAUUUGCGUUUAUGCUCUUUGACUGCACCACCAAGAAUGUCUUCCUUGCUGCGGACGCAGAUGGUAGCGUUCCUCUCUUCUGGGGAACUGAUGGUGAAGGUCAUCUCGUUAUCUCUGAGGAUGUUGAAACCGUGAAGAAAGGUUGUGGUAAAUCCUUUGCGCCAUUCCCUAAAGGGUGCUUCUUUACCUCGUCUGGAGGGUUGAGAAGCUUUGAGUUUCCACUGAACGAGCUAAAGCCUGUACCAAGGGUGGACAGUUCGGGUCAGGUGUGCGGUGCGACUUUCAAAGUGGAUUCCGAGGCCAAGAAAGAAAGCGCAAUGCCUCGAGUCGGCAGUGUUCAGAAUUGGUCUCAACAAAUCUGAAAGGCUAAAAUGUGAUUUUAGCUGAGCUUUUCUUUUUUCUUUUCACUUUGCUGAACUCUGCCUGUGUUUCAAUCUUUCUCUUGAUUUUCUCACACUGGUCAUUCUAAGGUUUCUCUGGAUCUAUUAAUGCUCAUGAAGCUACGAAUAAAGGACAAACUUCUGAUUCA